UAUAGAGCAAUAGGCAUCAUGUUUACCAGGCAAUCCCUCGUGGCCCUCCUUGGGGUCCUAUCUCUCGCCGCCGCCCAGACAUCUUCAGAGCCCUACCCCUCACUAGAGGAGAUCCAAGCUGCCCAGGCGACCGUUCUGCCCCAUUCUCCCGUUUCUAAUGUUAAGGGUCUUGCAUUCAACCGUUUUGUCAGUAUCUGGCUGGAAAACACGGACUUUGAGUCGGCCGCAAAUGAUCCUCAUCUUUCCAAACUGGCUGAGAAGGGUCUCCUGCUCACAAACUACUGGGCAAUCACACAUCCUUCGGAGCCCAACUACUGCGCCUUUGCCGGAGGUGACACCUUCGGCAUGGACAGUGGUGACUUUAACCAAGUUCCUGCCAAUGUGUCCACCAUUGCUGAUAUGCUUGAUGUGAAAAAUAUUGCCUGGGGCGAGUAUCAGGAGCACCUGCCUUAUCCCGGCUACCAAGGAAAGAAUUAUUCUAAUCAAGAAACGGGUGCCAAUGACUACAUGCGAAAACACAAUCCCAUGGUCUUGUACGACUCUGUGACCAAGGACGCUACCCGCCUACGCCAGAUCAAGAAUUUCACCACUUUCUAUGAUGAUCUCAAGAAUGAGCGUUUACCUCAAUUCAGCUUUGUCACCCCAAACAUGACCAAUGACGCCCAUGACACCAACAUCACCUUUGCUGGCUCUUGGACUUGGCGUUUUCUCUCCGAGCUUCUGGAAGAUGAGUACUUCACCAAGGAUACGCUUAUUCUCUUGACCUUCGAUGAGAGUGAUACCUAUGAGAUUGAAAACAGGAUUUACAGUUUCUUCGUUGGAGGUGCUGUUCCAGAGAACCUUCGGGGCAAGCAGGAUGACACUUUCUACACUCACUACUCCAUCAUUGCCUCCCUUUCAGCCAACUGGGGUCUCCCAUCGCUGGGUCGCUGGGAUUGCGGAGCCAACCUGCUCAGCUGGCUGGCCGAGAAGACCGGAUACGUCAACUGGGAGGUUGAGACCGGCAAUUUACUGCAGAACGAGACAUACCCAGGCCCGCUAUCAUCUGGAGAAUACAGCACUUUUGAUCCGGAGUGGCCUGUCCCAUUGACCAAGGGAAGCUGCUCUGCUGGCCAUGGCAUUCUGCCCAUUGUCCAGCAAACGUGGAAGGAUCUUACUGCCACCUAUAACUACACCAGCCCUAUCCCGUAUGACUCUGUCAGUGGAAACAAUGUCGGUGUUAAGUAUAGCAGGACGCUGAAGAAUGGCAAGACCGAGUCUGGUAUCACUGAGUGA